ACACUGCUCCACAGAACCAGAGCAAAGCCAAAAACUCCUGCGUCAUCAUGAACAGCAAACUGGUGGCUGUCCUGGCUCUCCUCCUGAUCUCAGUGGCUCUGUCUCAAGGGAUGGCCAUAGCAAGGAUGGGGACUGAGCUCCGGUGCCAGUGCAUAGCCACUCAUUCCAAGUUCAUUCCUCCCAAGUCCAUCAAAGAUGUGAAGCUGACCCCGAGUGGCCCCCACUGCAAGAACGUUGAAGUCAUAGCUACUCUGAAGGAUGGCAAGGAGGUGUGCUUGGAGCCCACUGCUCCCUGGGUACAGCUGAUCAUAAAGGCAAUUUUGGCCAAGGCUCAGCUCAAUUCUGACUCACCUCUCUAAGAACCACCAGGACAGAAAAAAAUCUGAGAACUGCUCCUGCUGCUCCAUUGAGAGAAACAUCCAGGAAAAGCACCAGUCAAGCAGUGUACAACCUUCCACCUCAUGCAUCAGUGUUACUCUGCUCAUUAUGGAAUAUUUAAUCUAUUUAUUUAUUUAUUUAAUGGCAUCUAUUUAAGAAAGUAUUUAAAAAGUGGUCAGUUUUGUCUGUGGGACCCACUGUUUGGUGACCCUGAAGACACUGAAUAGGGAAAGUGGUUUGCUGAGGGAAAUGAAGAAACCUGGGCAGCCACUGCAGCCAAACACAACGAGUUAAGUGCAAUGCACUUCCAGCCCAGCUGAUUCACACUAAGCCUUUACUACUUUGCUACCACACCAGCAAAAUGGCAAUUCCUCCUGCUCCCCCGGAGUGCACUAGUAUGUUGUGUCAACAACAGCCUCCUGAUCUGCAGUCAGCCUGUGGCUAGACUGUGAACUGUGAUUUCUGACUGUACAAAUCUGCCCGAGUCUUUAGGACAGUGGGGUUUGUAUUUAUUUAUUGUGAUUUCCAUGAUAUUUAUAUGUAUGUGUUGAGUAGUUUCUAUGCAAGAUAGAAAAUUAUUAUAAUUUAUUUCAUUUCCACUGGAGUUUCCAUUCCUACUACUAAUUUCUUAAGACAUAUUCACAAU